AUGGACAUCAGCGGCGUCAACCAGAUCCUCCAGGCGCUCGACGUGGUGCACCAGCCGCGCUCGUCCAACGAGCAGCGCCGCGAGGCCCAGAUCUUCUUGGAGUCCAUCAAAAGCUCCGAAGAGCUGCCCUACUGGGGCUACCAGCUCGCGUUGCCGGAAAACUACGGCGACAACUACAUUGUGCGGCACUUUGGGUUGUCGCUUCUCCAGAACGCCGUGACAAAACGCUUCCACACCUUUGACCGUGCCAAGUCCGUGGCCGUGCGAGAGUGGGUGGUCAAGCUAGCGCAGAAGGUGCGUGCCGACGAUCCACACUACUUGAAGGAGAAGCUAGCGUUUCUCUGGGCGUCCAUCGCCAAGCGCAUCUGGGGCUGCUACUUGGUCAAAGCUCCCGAAGACGACGAGACGAAAACCGUGUCCAAAGACGAUUUGCUCGACGGCUGGGCAUCCAUGGACUCGGACUUGAGCGGCCUCUGGCACCACUCGUCGCAGACGCGUGAGUUGUGCUUGGUGAUUGUGCGCACGUUGCUCGAGGACAUCUACUUGCUAGACGAUCCGGUGGGCAGCAAGCGAACGGCCAUUCUCAACCAGCUCUGUGUGCUCAUCAUCACGCCGGACCUGGUGUUGGACCAGAUCUACGAGCCCAACCCGAACCUUGCCUUGUGCAAACACCUGUCGGAAGGCUGGUUUGUGGUGUGGAGCAAGUUUCUUCUCGAGACCUUGUCUGCCAACGACUGUCUGUCGUCUUCGGUGCAAGUGUUUGUGCCCAAGAUCUUGAGCACGUUCAAAACGUGCUUGCACUGGAUCCAGCCCAGCGUGUUGCGCCACGAAAACAUCAUGAACACCUUGGUCAACAUUCUCACUUUGCCCGACAUAAAGUUGAAGACUUUGGCCGUCGACUGUUUGCACAUUUUGUUCACGCGCUCCUACACCGAUUACAAGGACUUUGAGUUUUUCAUCGGCAGCAUCUACACCUCCGAGGGCAUCAAGAAGCUCUCGCAGUUCUACCUGUCUCUAGAAGUGGACUGUGACGAUAUCGACGAGCAGGUGUAUGCGUUGCUCAAGAAAACGGUCGAGAUGAUUGUUUCCUUGAGCGAGUAUCUCAACAUUCUGUUGCCCGUCAAGAGCCGAAUAGACUGGGAAAAGGCCGACGUCGACAUGUACCUAAAUCUUGUGCUUACAACCACCAACCACCCGAGCCUUAUCAUUUCGGGCUUGUCGUUGCAGAUGUGGGUGACCACGCUCCGUUUCGACGAGCUCAGCGCAAAAGAGCCCGUGGACAGGAUCCUAAUCGACCUUUUGGAGGUCGCCGCAAACAGAUUGAUCAACUACACCACCAUCGGCGAAGACAAUGUGCUGAAAAAAUUUUUGGAAGUCGAUUUCGACUCGCCCAUGGACUCGGCGUCGUUCUUAUCCAACUACAGAAAAUUCAACGAGGACAUUGUCCGCAUCACCACAUGCAAAAAGCCCGAGGAAGGACUCAAGUGGCUUGAAGCUCGCCUCGAGGCGUUUUUCAGCUCGUCUCUUGGUGCUGAUUGUAUCACCGACCUGCGGCUCGACGAAAAAUCGGACGCUUUCAACUACGGCACGUCUCAAUUCAACAUCAUUGAAAAUUGCAUCCGCGGAGUGUCCAGAUGGCGCAUCUGGUAUCAGGGAGAGGAUUUCGACGUGAAGAACGCCCGGCUCAAUGGCCUUGUGGAAGACUUGGGCGAGCGCUUGCUUGCAAUGCAGUUGGCGUCGCCUCUUUUAAUUCGCAAGCAAGUGCAGACCAUGGUGCAGUUUGCGCCGCUCCUCAAAGAGGUGAGUCCGCUCAUGUUCAAAGUUUUGGAGAAAAUACUCACGACGGCCACUUUCGAGUACCCACCUAAUAUUUCCGACGAGGAGCGAGAAAUCAUUCGAGACUUGCGCACAAGCUGCGGAACCGAGUUGAACCGCCUCGCCUAUAUCAUGCCCGAGUCGCUCCGCAAGAUUUUCGGCGAGUUGGAAAAUGUCAUAUCCAACAUCUUGGCCUCCAACAAAGUGAGCAACCACGAAAAUGUCGCCUUCAAGUCCUUUCUCUUGGUGAUUGCAUCUCGGUCGUCGAUCGACAACAAGGAAGAUCUUUUCGCCAAAAUCGUCGAUCCGGAGUUGAUGGCGUGGUCUGCGCCGGAAACGGAGAAGGGCUUGAUGGACUUGCAUUGGUUUUUGGAACGUAUGGGCAUAGUGGAGAUUGCGCAGUACUUUCAGAAAAGAAACAUCACAGCCACCACCAAUCUAUUAGAGGCGCAAAUGGACGACGAGGGCCGUGAGUUGAAAAACAAAUUGAAGGACCGCUGGUCGUCCAUCUUCCCAAUCCGUGAGACAAGAAUCUUUGUCCAGUACAGUAUCGAAAAACUUGCACAUGACUCGCCAGAGUACUUGAACUUGUUGCGCUUGUGGAAACCAAGAGUAAGACCCAUCAUCCCUCAUGUUCUUCAGCUUCUUGCCCAGAUCCAGGCCUACCACAAUCCAGACAAUUGCCGAGAUUUGCCUGAGGCUGUCCAAUCUUUCUUGCGUUAUAGUCGUAUGGAGCGGUUCUGGCAGCAAGGUGUCUCGAUCCAGAGCAAGGAAACGUUUAUUGAGGAAAGUGUCAAGGCAGCGCUCACACUUCGAGAUUUUGCCGACAGCGUGGGCCAUUUGAUCCGAUACACACGAGAGUACGCCUUUCUUACCAUCGGGUCGCUUUCUCAACUUGAAGACACCCUUUACGAGAUUCCCAACAUUGCCACGUCGCUCUGGAACGCCUUGGCAGGAGACACUGUCGGCGUCACUUUGCACAGCUGGAAGCACAUGAUCAACAGCUGUCUCCGCAGUGUGGUGAAGAACUGUCCAGUCAAGUUUGUGGAUAUUUUCAUGGCAGAGCUUUUGCCCAAGGCUCUCUACGACAUUGAUAAGCUCAUUGUCGAGCGCUGGGAUAAAGUGUACUUGACAGGGCUCCAGUUGCAAGGAAAUGAAGACGACGCCACGCUCAGCGAAGAGAUGAUGGAGGAACACAUGCUCCGGCAACUCACAGCAACAGUGGUGCGUUUUCUCAUUGACAUUGUUCCGCAAUUCAACGCCAAAAACACCACCGACACCCAGUUUGCCUGCAAGCGUCUUGUGUCGACCAACAAGGAAGUGAUGGGCGCCUUCUUGCAGAUCUGCUGCCACAUCAUCGGCUUGAAGGACACAAAGUGCUCGUUCAACACGAUUCUUGUGGUGCGCAACCUCAUUCCUGGCAUCUGUCUCAAGGACGACGACGUGGACAAGUACUUGUGCGAUCUGUUCAUGAAGGUGUUGUUGAAGGUGGCCAUGGACGACUAUUUCGUCGAGACACACUCGGAAACAGCCACUCUCCUCACGACCUUGUACUGCUCCUUGCGUUCCAAGAACGACUAUCCUGCCCGUGUGCUCAUGGAAAACUUGCCCAACAUCACAUCGCAACACGUGAGCAACUUUGAAACGCUUCUUGUCGGAUCCAGGUCCUUGCGGCACCAGCGCUCGGCGCUUUUGGAGUUGAUCCGCAUUGCAAAGACCAACGAAGAGUCUACGGACGACGAGGAAAUCAAGUUGCGCAAGAAGCAGCUUGAAGCUGCUGCACGCAAGAAGAAAACACUUGGGAAAGACCUCAUGAACGAUCCAUUCACGGAAAAUGGCGCCUUGAACAAUCUUUUUGGUGACGAGUAA